AUGACUGCUUUCAAUCCCUUUACUGUUAUUCUUACUCAAAACCAACUUGAGGGUCUGAAUUAUGUUGAUUGGAAACAAAAUUUGGAUAUUGUCCUAAUUGCUAAAGAGUACAAAUUUGUGCUUGAUGAGGUGUGUCCAGAAAAACCUAGAGAAGAUGCUACGGAUGAUGAACAUAAAGCUUACCAAAAAUGGGUUAAAGCUGAUGAGACGGCGGGGUGUUACAUUCUGGCAUCUAUGCUGGAUGUUCUGCAACAUCAGCAUCAGUCUAUGGAGUCUACUUAUGACAUUCUAGAAAAUCUCAAAGAGAUGUUUGGAGAUCAGAAUCGUGCGGCUAAGCACACUGCCAUGAAAAUUCUUCUGAAUACCAAAAUGGUUGAAGAUUCAUCUGUUAGGGACCAUUUUCGCCUGAAUUAUAAUAUGAACAAAAUGGAUUUGUCACUUGCGAAAUUGCUGAAUGAGCUGCAGUCGAAGAGACUAUUUUCAAGAAACAAGCUCCUCAUGUGGCACUGA